AUGUCUCGGUUCAUGGAGAGGAUGGUGGGCUCUUGCGUCCUGUGGCUGGCCUCCGCCUCCUGCAUUCUGACCCUGGCUUCUGCAGAGCAGCAAGACCCGUCCACCGUGGAGAACAAGUGUGAGAAGACCUGCCGCCCGGAGGAGGAGUGCACCUUUGUCAACGGCACCUGGGGCUGUUUCUGCAGACGGGAUCUCAACAGCUCUGAUAUCCACAGUUUGCAGCCUCAGCUGAACUGUGGGGCAAGAGAGAUCAAAGUGUCACUGGACAGGUGUCGCCUGCAAGGUCUGGGAUUUGGGGAUGAGGUCAGUGCCUACCUGCUGGACAAGAACUGUAACAGCAGCAUGAAAAGAGAGGAGGAAAACUGGAUUUCUGUGACCAGCCUUGCUCAGGCUAAUGCCUGCAAGAACAUUCUGGAGAGAAAUGAAACCCAUGUCAUCUACAAAAACAUCCUCUCCUUGGCCAAUGAGUUCAUCAUCAGAGACACCAAACUCAACAUCAACUUCGAGUGCGCCUACCCUCUGGACAUGAAAGUCAGCCUCGAUGCUGCCCUGCACCCCAUAGUAAGCUCCGUGAACCUCAGCCUGGCUGGGGAUGGGGAGUUCACGGUCAGGAUGGCCCUCUUCCAGGACCAGAACUACACACGGCCUUUCGAAGGGGACUCUGUUAAGCUGCCCGUCGAGUCUAUGCUCUAUGUGGGCGCCUUCUUGGAGAAAGGGGACAAGUCCCAGUUUAACCUGCUGCUGAAGAACUGCUAUGCCACGCCCACUGCAGACAGGACUGACCCUGUGAAAUAUUUCAUCAUCAAAAACAGCUGCCCAAAUCAACGCGACUCCACUAUCUACGUGGAGGAGAAUGGAGUGUCCUCCGAAAGCCGGUUCUCAGUUCAGAUGUUCAUGUUUGCGGGAAAUUAUGACCUAGUUUUCCUGCACUGCGAGGUUCGCCUUUGUAAUCCCCUUAAUGAGCCGUGCCAGCCGAGUUGCUCAAGAAACCAACUCCGCAGUGAAGCAGUGGAGAUCAACCCAGCCCUGGUCCUAGAUUUGGGACCCAUCAGUAGGAAAGGUGCCUCGUCCCUCGGCGUCAUGAGCGGAACCCCCGGCACUGCAGGGCUCCCUGCGGCCUGGCCGGUGCUGCUCCUGCCGCUCCUGCUGGCUGCGCUGUUCUGA